AGUCGUGAUCGGUAUUUCGUAUACGAUGUAUCACGUUGCCGAGAUCACGAACUAGUGAAAGAAUGUGUCACUAGGUGUUAAAUAGCGCGUUUUUAAUUGUAACAACGAGAAACUAGCUUUGUGAUUGUUGAAAAUCUUUGCUUAUUCCCACUUGCAAAUAUGAGAAUUAAAACAGCUCCAAAACAUAGAAUACUCCAACGCACUGUUAGAAUUGCAUCAAGAAGUUCUUCAGAUGAGGAGAGUGUCACGGAUGUUGAAAGAAAAAAUUAUGAUUCUAUAGAUACAAUAGACAGACAAAAUUUAUAUCAGGCAUACACAUCACCUUCAAAGAUUCUUCUUCCAAUUAGAAAGUUUACUAGUUCGAACAAUGAGAUGACCUUAUCUUCAUCCACUGGAUUGCCAUCACUGAUUAACGAUGACAACAAUAAUGUGGAGGUCAUGAAUCUAUCAACAAAGGAUGCUUCCAAUCAUGUUGAUGACAUCACGACGGAUACCUCCGCCGAGCCGGAAGACAAACUGAAAGAUUCUUUUCUCUAUAAAAUCAUGACCGAUCCAAAUUUUCUAAAAAAUAUACAGAGGAAUAAGCAGCCGAAAAAAUUUGUCUGCCUCUUCUGCAAAGAAGAAUUCGCGACAUGUGAGGAAUUGACAAGUCACAUGGAUGCAAAAAAGAAUGAUAGCAACCAGAUAGCUUGUUGUGCUUGUAAAAAGACAUUCGCCGAGAAGAGGUACUUGAAAUACCAUCAGAGAUGUCAUUCGGAUAGAACCAAGUUCACCUGUGACAUUUGUACUAAAAAAUAUACGAGACUGGACAACCUGACGAGGCACAAUGUGCUGCACGUGAACCCCGACAAGUUCUCCUGCACGAUCUGCAAUAAGACGUUCACGCGCAAGGAUUUGCUCAAUAAGCACCGGAAGAGCCACGAAAAGUGCAAUCUUUACUGCGUGAAAUGCGGCAAGUAUUUCAGAAGUAUCUUUACACUGGAAAAUCAUCAAAAGACACAUCGUGAAGGUUCGAACGCUUCGGCGAAUAUAGUUGUUUAUAAGACCGAGAAUUUAAUCCCUACUGAGAAUUUAAUCUGCAAAACUGAAAAUUCGGUAUCCGAGAAUAAAGUUUAUGAAACUCAUGAUUCAACUUUGGAUGAGAGUUUAGUUUGCAAAACCGAGGAUAUAACUCACAAAACUUAGAAUUUACUUUCCGAUAUCUGUUAAAUA